GUCUUUGUUGACAAACAUUUCAGGGAGAGGUGAAGGGAACCAGCCUCUUGUGUUUUGUUUACCAUGUAUCCCCGGUGAGGCAGACAUGGAGGUGCCCAUCAGAGUGGUGUCCAGGAUCCGGCCAUGCAACAGCCAGGAGCAAGGGCGCGGACCGUGUGUGGAAGCCGCGCCCGCCUCCUCACAGAUUAUUCUUGGCUAUGACCAUUUUUGUGACUUCGACGCCGUGUUUGGGCCAGCUGUCACGCAGAAGGAGCUCUACCUCGCCUGCCUCGCCGAUCUGGUGCUAAACUUUUUUCAGGGAUACAAUGUGACAGUGCUCGGGUACGGCCAGCGGGGCUCCGGCAAGACCUACACUCUGACGGGGCCGGACUUCCUGUGGGCCAUGAACGAGGAGGAGUUCGGCCUUCUCCCUCAGGCAGUGCGACACAUUUUCAACUUAAUGAGGGAGUGUCCAGGGCGGGAGUAUCGCAUCCACGUCAGCUACAUGGUGGUGCAGAGGGACGCAGUGUAUGACCUCCUCUCCGCCACUAACUCUUACCUGCAACUCAAUGUUCUGGAGGACAAUAUGGGCAAUGUUGUCAUCCCAGGACUCAAUGUGAUAGACUGCAGCAACAUUACUGAGGUGUUUAACUGCUUGGAGGCCGGCCUGGUCCACCGCCACACUGCCGCAUUGCACAACAAUGACCCCUCCACUUCUCAUGCCAUCUUCUCCCUCAUCCUCGAACACCAAUGGACUGAUGCGGAUGGCAAGAUGAAGUACCUUUACUCUCGCAUGAACUUUGUGGACCUUGGCGGGUCUGAGAGGCUGAUGCAGUUUGGGUACAGUGACUUUGGCCUGCCCAGCGAGGACUCCUUCUUCCUUAACACUGACCUCAAGGCACUCAGUAAUGUCAUCCACUGCCUCGCUGACCAGUCCUACUCAGGCCCCAUCCCAUACAAGGAAUCUAGGCUCACACAUAUACUCAAGGAUGCGUUCGGGGGAAACAGCCUGAGUCUCAUGGUGUGCUGCCUCUCCCCAUCUGCUGAGGAUUUUGAUGCCACCUUUAACACCCUCAAGUACGGCGGCCUGGCUCGCUACAUCCUCAACUGUCCUGCUGUCAACAUGGCCAUCCAGAACAGUGCCCCAGCCUCCUCUGCCACCCUCACCCCCUCCUCACACACCACACUCAGGCACCAGUCCAGCAGCAGACAGUCGACACUGACCGGUGUGCAGAGCAGUGUGCAGCAGUCCCUGGGCACUGUGCACCAGUCUACCACCACUAACACCUCCGGCCCACCCACCGAGGACCUCAUGCCACCAGAACCAGAGGACAUCUUCAAAUUCCAGUUUGCAGCAUCACAGUGGCAGCAGCUCGUGUCCAGUGCUGAGGAUCUCUUGUCAGAGAUUCUGCAGACAUCCCAGGUGUCACCCACAGAGAAGAGUCGCAUUGAGUCCUGGAUGUGCAUGAAGGCAGAGGCUGAGGAGUGCAUUGGGGCCGACCUUGGGGCCAUACGCUUUAAUGCCGCUGCCAGUAGGGUGCUGGAGGUCAUUGAGGAGCUAAGUGAACCAGAGAUCACCGGCUCAGUCUCCCCGCUUUCCACCACCACCGCCGCCUCUGACAAGGACUCCAGCGCCUCUUCCUCUUCCUCUUCCUCCUCCUCUACCUCCUCUUCCUCCUCCGUGUCUUCCUUUGGCGAGGAAUUCUAUGACCAAUUGGCUGUUCUGGCAAGAAAGUUCACCUCCAUCACUGAGCAGCUGGUGGAAGGUGUACAGGACAGCUGCGACACACAGACAAACGUACGGGCAAGCGCUGAGCGGCGGCGAACACAAAGGAAUAACGAACUGAAGGAAGAUGACGAAGAGGAUGAAUCAAAACCACAACAACAAGUAAAGAAAACAUCAUCCACAUCAAGGCUUCACAGGGGGCUUCAGGGAACACCAUGGAGAACUAAGACUAAUGCAGGAAGCCCGCAUAGGAGUGCCUCGACUGGCCCCCUUCCUGCGCCACUGAGGUCUGAGGAGCGGCACAGCUCGGCACUCAGGAGGGAUGCAAACUCCAUUCUGUCGCUGCUGGAGGAGUGCGGCAGGGACAUUGACUCACAGAAAUCAGGGGAGUCGAGUGGUAAAGAGCUGGAGGAGGAGGAGGAGGAGGAGGAAGAGGAAGAGUGCAGGAUGUCAAGAAGGAAGUCAGGUUUCUCCAUCUCUUCACAAAUAUCGGAAUCACCAAAGAAAAUACUCAAGUAUGAGGAGGAGUCCGCAUCGCUGGUGGAGGAAAUGAAGCGUCUGUCCGCCUCCAGGGAGUCUCGGCGUGGACAGGUGCGUCGCGUGAGCAUGGAGCUGCGGACGGCACAGCAGAGACUCAAACAGCUUAACGCCACCAUCAGGCUCAAGGAAGCUUUUAUCCGAGAGCUGGUUCGUAGUGGAGGCGAGGCGGAGGUGACAAAGCGGAAGUGUGAGGCUAAGAUGUCACGAUUGGAGAAGGAGGUUCAUCGCGCACGCCAGCUGCACCAGGAGACCCAACACCAGCUCAAGGAACUGAGGGAGGGUGAGUCUCCAAACGUCACCCAGUACAGAAGCCGUGUGGACACUCUCAAGAAGCAGAUCUCCCACUACCAGAAGAAAUUGGCAACACUGGGCAAAGUGGCUGACAUAUCCCAGCAAGGAGACUCCAAAGUGACGGAACUGGAGGGGAGCGUGAAGGAGAUGCGGCGGCAGCAGGCAGAGCUUCAGACAAGACUCAGGGAGGAGACACAGAAGAAGGAAGAACUAGAACAGCAAAUCAUUCAUGACCAGCGUCGCAUCAGAGAAUUGGAGAUAAAACUGAAGCAAGGAGAGGGCGAGGUGGAGGGGGAGCGAGGAUGGCUGGUGGAAGAGGAGGAGCGGAUUCUGAGUCUGCGGGAGGCGACGGAGCAGCUGCAGCAGGAGGUGGAGCGGCGGGAGGAGGCGGUGAGGCACAGGGAGAGGAUGCACAGGGAGAAGAUCAGACUGCAGACCUCCCGUGCCGACUGUCAGGCUGCCGCAGAGGAGGACGAGGAAGAGGGCCAGGGGGAGGGUGAAGGGGAGGAAAGGAGUGUGGUGCGGAAGGAGGAGGACAUCAGGGAGGAGAUUUCUCAUCUCCGGGAUGCCAGAGAUUCCCUCAUGAUGCACCGACAGAAGCUGGACAGAAGGAUUCAUAAGAGUGGAGGGCGGAGGGUCGGGUCUGGGGAGGAGAGGCGGUUGCUGGAGUUGGACGAGGCAAUAGAGGCGGUGGACGCAGCCAUCGAGUACAAGAAUGAGGUGAUUUGUGGACGUGCCAAGGAACUCAAGUCACAUGCACUGCUUCUCAACCAGGACCACCUGAUGGAGCGCCUGGUCAGCCUGUCCCACGAGGAGACCCGCUCCCUGCUGGUCAAGUACUUCAGCAAGGUCAUUGAUCUCCGCAUUGAGUUUAGGAAGCAGGACAUUGCAUUCUCUGACCUUGAAACCCAGUAUGAUGAGCAGUCCCGAUACAUCAGCGACUUGAAGGCAGCGUACCAGCAGGCGAGUCUUGAGAUGGAGAGACGCAUCACCGUGCAGCAAAGGGACUACCAGCAGAAGAUAUCAACGCUACUCAGGCAGUUCAAUGACGACUCCUCUGGGUCAGGCGCACAGGAAUUCAGGCUGAGAGAGAUGGAGAAGCAGGUGUUUUAUUACAAGAAACUCAGCCGGGAUUUGAAGGGGAAGCUGAGGCAAGCGACUGAGGAUGGCUGGAAGGACAGAUUCAGGGAGCUCCAAGACACAACACAACCACCAGCAGACCCAAGCCUUCCAGCCAAGCCCAGCGCAGCACCCCACCACCACCACCACACGCACCACCGUCCCUUGCUGCCCACCCAGCCUGCCGUGCCCACCCUGCCGCGGCGAACCAGGCUCCAGGCGGCAGAGCAGGCAGCCCACCACCCUGUCCCACACACCAGAGUGACCAGAGAGAAGAACAAGAUCAUUAUUCACCAAAAGUCAGACAGGCAGGGUGGGAAAUCAAAGUCAGGCUUGGAGAAUAGAUAAUAAUAGGCAGGUGUGUAGUUGUAGUUAGAGUAGUAGUAGUAGUAGUAGUAGUAGUAGUUGUUGUUGUUGUUAUUUUUUUUCAUUUGUUUUUAUAUUUGUUUGUUUUUAUUAUUGUAUUUAUUAGUAG